AUGACAGGAGCCUUGACCGUCGGCCCGCACCCUGACCUUUGGCCCGCACCCCCGACAUUCAGCCCGUCGGCCCGCACCCCGACAUUCAGCCCGUCGGCCCGCACCCCCGACAUUCAGCCCAUCGGCCGCACCCCCGACAUUCAGCCUGUCGGCCCGCACCCCCGACAUUCAGCCCAUCGGCCGCACCCCCGACAUUCAGCCCGUCGGCCCGCACCCCCGACAUUCAGCCCGUCGGCCCGCACCCCGACAUUCAGCCCGUCGGCCCGCACCCCCGACAUUCAGCCCAUCGGCCGCACCCCCGACAUUCAGCCCGUCGGCCCGCACCCCCGACAUUCAGCCUGUCGGCCCGCACCCCCGACAUUCAGCCCAUCGGCCGCACCCCCGACAUUCAGCCCGUCGGCCCGCACCCCCGACAUUCAGCCCGUCGGCCCGCACCCCGACAUUCAGCCCGUCGGCCCGCACCCCCGACAUUCAGCCCAGUCGGCCGCACCCCCGACAUUCAGCCCAUCGGCCGCACCCCCGACAUUCAGCCUGUCGGCCCGCACCCCGACUGUCCGCCUGCACCCCCUGACAAUCAGCCUGUCGGUCUGUACCCCCCGACAUUCAGCCCGUCGGCCCGCACCCCCGACACUCAGCCCGAACCCCCCGAACUUCAGCCCGCACCCCCUGUCAUUGAGCCCCUUAGCCCGCACCCCCGACCUUGGCCUGAACCCCCCGAAACUCAGCCCGCACCCCUGA